AUGUUUACCGAAAGGACAAGAAGGAUUUUACCGAGCAACACUGUGACCAAUCUGAAAGAACAUGUCAAAGUCAUAACAUUGAGAAGUGGAUGGACAUAUGACCAGCCACAAACAUUAAAUACCGAGCGAGAUGAAGAAGUUGCCAAAAACUUGAAGUCUGAGAUGAAGGAACCUCAGUCCGAGGUGAAAGCUGCAGAGCAGGAUGCAAUCAACCAACAAUUUGAGAAGAUUAAAGGGAAUAAAGGGGUUGCAAAACCCAAGAAAUCCAAGGAGCUUAUAUCUGAAACUUAUUCUCCUUCAAUUUAUGAUCUACCAAUUCCUUUUCUACAAAGAUCAAGAAAAAAUAAGGAUAUAUUAUCAAAGAAGCGGAAGUUGGAGGAGCAUGAGACUAUGAUGCUGAUCAACGAGAGCAGUGCAAUUUUACAAAAGAAGCUGUCGCUUAAGUUGAAAGAUCUAGGAAACUUCACGAUCCCUUACACUAUAGGAAAUUCAUAUUUUGAUAAUGCUUUAUGUGACUUAGGGGCAAGUAUUAAUCUAAUGCCCCUCUAUAUUUUCAGGAAACUAGGUCUUGGAGAAGCAAAGCCGACCACCAUCUCUCUAUAG